UUCCCAUAGAAGACUAUCAAGCAGCCUGUCCUCCCAUAGAAUACAAGCUGAGAAACUCGUCUUCUACGUGGAAGACGAACUUGGCGACGGGUCCGAGUGAGGUGUCGACGAGUCUUGGGGAUGCGCCGACGGAGUCAAAGAGAUCAUCAAUGGCGAAAACAGCAGAAGAAGAGCAUCCACAGAAGGCAUUUGGUUGGGCAGCCAGGGAUAGUUCCGGAACCCUCUCGCCUUUUCAUUUCUCUCGCAGGGAGAACAGUGGUGAAGAUGUGACUAUAAAUGUGCUUUACUGUGGGGUGUGCCACUCUGACUUGCAUGCUUGUAGGAAUGAAUGGGGUUUUUCUCAUUACCCUUUAGUUCCGGGACAUGAAAUUGUUGGUACUGUGACAAAAGCGGGGAGCAAUGUGGAGAAGUUUAAAGUGGGAGAUCGGGUUGGUGUUGGCGUUAUGGUGGGCUCUUGCAAGUCAUGCGAGUAUUGCAAGCAGGACUUGGAAAAUUACUGCCCUAAAAUAAUGUUUACCUACAACUCCCUUGCCGCUGAUGGAACGAAAAAUUAUGGAGGUUAUUCUAAUAUGAUUGUUGUUGACCAGCACUUCGUCAUUAGAUUUCCUGAUAGCAUGCCCUUGGAUGCUGGUGCUCCACUCUUAUGUGCUGGGAUUACUGUAUAUAGCCCAAUGAAAUAUUAUGGAAUAACCGAGGCUGGCAAGCAUUUGGGAAUAGCAGGCCUUGGCGGACUUGGCCAUGUCGCUGUGAAGAUUGCUAAAGCCUUUGGGUUGAAGGUUACUGUCAUUAGUUCCUCACCAAAGAAGGAGAAUGAAGCAAUCAAUAAUCUUGGUGCUGAUGCAUUCCUUGUUAGCAAUGACCCUGGAAAAAUGAAGGCAGCUAUUGGUACCAUGGAUUACAUCAUUGACACAGUGUCUGCAGUUCAUGCCUUGGCACCUCUCCUUAGCCUGCUGAAGCCAAAUGGAAAAUUGAUCACUCUCGGCUUGCCUGAUAAGCCCCUAGAGUUGCCUAUUUUUCCUCUAGUUCUGGGGCGGAAGCUUGUUGGAGGGAGUGACAUAGGAGGGAUAAAAGAGACUCAAGAGAUGCUCGACUUUUGUGCAAAGCAUAAUAUAACUGCGGAUGUCGAAGUUAUCGGAAUGGAUGAAAUUAACGUGGCCAUGGAUAGGCUUGCUAAGUCCGAUGUCAAGUACCGAUUUGUGAUUGAUGUUGCAAACUCCUUGUCUAAGUCUCAGCUAUGAACUUAUGACACACUUAUGCUAAGAAUGAAGUUGUGAUGCAUUGGUUACUAUACUCUGUUAUUUUGAAUUCUGGAUUUUAUAAUAAAAGAUUUAGCAUCUUUCAUA